AUUACUGUCACCGAGAUGACAUGAGACCCGUGGCGGCGACGCGCAGCGCAAACGUCGAGGGCCCACACAGAGACCACGACGACGUCGACGAUGGCUGCCACAAACAACGACUGGUCAGGCCGCUACUACCACAUUGACCAGAUUCUCGACAAACCAGGACCGCGCACAGAUCCGUCUUUCCUGGCUGGGGAUGGAGUCAAAGACUUCCUGAGGAAGCAGGCCAAAAUCCUGGUUAUCGGCGCUGGCGGCCUGGGAUGUGAGAUUCUUGCCAACCUCGCACUCACUGGCUUCAAGGAUAUCCAUGUAAUCGACAUGGACACCAUCGACAUCAGCAAUUUGAAUCGCCAAUUCUUGUUCAGACCAGCAGAUGUCGGAAAACCAAAGGCAGUCGUCGCCGCCGAGUUCAUCAUGAAACGAGUCCCAGGGGUAACCGUCACACCAUACUUUGGAAAGAUCCAGGAUAAAGACGAAGACUAUUACAUGCAAUUCAAUCUCGUCAUUUGUGGCUUGGACUCGGUGGAAGCGCGCCGGUGGAUGAACGCGACUCUCGUCAACAUGGUGGAUCCUGAAAAUCCAGAGAGUCUCAAACCAAUGAUUGAUGGUGGAACAGAGGGCUUCAAGGGCCAGGCUCGAGUGAUCCUCCCAACCUUCACCUCAUGCUACGAAUGCUCUCUCGAUAUGCUUAACAAGCAAACUGCUUUCCCGAUCUGCACCAUCGCGAACACUCCCCGACUUCCUGAACACUGUAUUGAAUGGGCCUCCGUACUCGAGUGGCCCAAAGUGCAUGGAGAUAAGAAGAUGGAUACUGACGAUCCAGAGCAUAUCAGUUGGCUUUACAGCGUGGCUCUUAAGCGUGCCCAAGAAUUCAAUAUCGAAGGCGUCACCUGGUCGCUGACACAAGGCGUCGUGAAGAACAUCAUCCCAGCUAUCGCAUCCACCAACGCCAUCAUAGCUGCAGCGUGCUGUAACGAAGCAUUCAAGAUCGCUACAAGCUCAGCUGCCUUCCUUAACAAUUAUUUCAUGCUUAUCGGAACGGAUGGAGUAUACUCUUACACUUUUGAACACGAGAAGCGCCAGGAUUGCCCUGUUUGUGGUGGCGAAGCACUAGACUUGACAGUUUCUCCUGAAACUACCGUCGACCAGCUCAUCGACCUUCUAGUUGAGCGACAGGACAUUCAAAUCAAGAAACCGUCUCUCUCGACACCUACCAAGCAACUGUAUUUCCAGGCGCCUCCUCAACUGGAAGAGGCCACCCGACCCAACCUGGAGAAGAAGCUCUCUGAUUUCGUUCCGCCCAACGGAGAGGUCACCGUCACUUCGACGUCCCUACCAUUCAGUUUAUCUCUUCGCAUCCAGUACUCUGCAUAG